ACACACACACACACACACACACACACACACACACACACACACACACACACACUCCCACCGGUCCUUCUCUUCGCUCGUUUGUGGUGCAGAAACAUGUUGAUGCUUCUUUUGCUCCCUGUCAUUAUAAAAGUCGGCGGCGCUGAAUAAAGUCGCAGUGAGCAAAGCUUGCAGCUUAUUGGUGCAGAGGGGGCGUUCCCAUGGCAACCAGCGCAGGAUGCUGGCUGAGGAGGACGGCAUCGACGUGAAGGCUCUCCGGGCCCGAUUCAACAGCCAGGCCCGGGCCUCCGACACCAGCAGCCGGGACAGCGGCUCCCCCAAAUCUCCACGGCCGGGAUUAGGGAGGCCGGACAACGACAAAAUAUCUGCAGCAAUUCCUCUGCGACCUUACCAAGGCCUGGCCAGGCCUCCGAAGGAAGAGUCACCCCCACCUGUUGCUGCUUCCUCGCACCGACCUUCGAACCGGGCGUCCGUUCAGUCCGGAGACGCCACCAACAAGGUGAAGCAGACCGGAGAGAUGCUGCAGAAGAUGAUGCUGACGCACCAGAGGGCCCCGGGGCCGUCGCUGUCUCCGGCCAGGUCACCGGUCCUGGGUCCGUCUCCGGCCACCACGCCGCUGCUGCUGCGCCAUCAGGCCCGGCAGAAGAGCUCCGGAGAGGUGACCCCGCUCCGCAGGCCGCUGCCCUCCGAGGGCCCGCUGCCCCUAAAGCCCAAACGGCCCCCGAACGUCAACCUGGCGCCGUUCAGGAAGAGCCGCAGAGCCGGAGGAGGCGUCCCGGGCGACCAGAGGAGAUACUCGACGGAUGUAAGGAUGCCGGUUCCGGCGCUGAUGAGUCCGCCCAAACCGCCGCAGCGAUCCAGCAAACCCACCAGGCUGCCGCGGCAGAUGGCCUCCGUAGACCUUGAAGAUGAACAGGAGACCUAUGAUGACAUUGGAAGUUUUGAAAAGAACGAAUCCUGCAGCGAUAAUAAUUCCCACUGCAUGGACGCAGAUAACGAUGAUGAUGACGAUGAUGAUGAUGUGUACGAGUUCAUCGAUGAGGAACAAGUGUCGGCAAACCAUCCAGUUCCUGAAACUAACAACAAGAAGGAGGAGAAAAGACAACAGGAGCAGGAAAUGAAGGAGCAGCUGGAGCGUCAGAAGAAACAGGCCGAGCUGAAGAGAAACUUCCAGCUACAAGGUGAGGUGAGCGUUCUGCAUACGGCCCGGGUUCGGCACGACUGGCAGGCCGAAGGGAAGCUGGACCUCAGCGUUCGACAGGGAGACAGCGUGGAGAUUAUUCGCGUGGAGAAUAACCCCAGGGGCAAAUGGUUGGCCCGUUCGCUCAGCGGACAAUACGGAUACAUCAGCAACUCGUGCGUUGAUAUCGACUAUGAAGCAGUUAAAAAGUACAGAAUGCCACCGCUGAGAAAAACGGAUACGUUUGAUUUACCGCCGCCGCCGCCGGACCCGCCCAUGAUGUCGAGCAUGGAGUCCAACAGCAGAGACAGCUUUCUUGAAGAUGAUGACGAAUAUGACGACGUUCAACCGCUGCCUGAGGAUUUCCCUCCUCCUCCACCUGAGAUCAGCAUAAACCCCAAAGAGGAAAAAGAGCUGCGAAAAAAAUUCAAGUUUAACGGGCCGGUGCGGGUUCUGCACACCAUGAUGGUGGACCCCACCUGCGUCAUCAAGAAGCCGGGAGGGAAGGAUCUGCAGGUGACUCAGGGAGAAGUCGUUGAUGUCAUCGAGGAGACAAACGGCAAGAAGUUUCUGUGUCGAAACCAGUUUGGAAAAUAUGGAUAUGUGUCAAAAUCUAUUCUUCUCACAAUGGAAGGAGACAUUUAUGAUGAUGUGGAUUAUCCUGACGAUGUUUACGACAACGACAAUCCAAACAUGGAUCACUGAAACGUUUCAAACUAACUCUGCACUUCAACAAACUAUCCAGAACAAGAACAAAAAACUGAGGAGUUUCAAACUAUAACAGCGUCCAGCUCUGACAGAGAUCCACAUGGGAACAGACGCCUCACUUGGUUCAGAAAAACGAUGCGUUUUCUACAAGUUUUGUUAUUUUAAGCUUUGCUGGACAGAAAAGGACAGAUUUUCUGUCCGGCUCUUACAAACAAACAAACUGUGAUGUAAACAAAUCAAACUAAUCAGUUACAGUAAAAACAAACUCAAACUAUAUAUAUAUAAAACCAAACUGUCCCCAGUGAAUAAACUAAGCCGGACAUAUUUUCUGGUAAAAGCAACAUAUCAACACCCAGACUGAGAAAUAGAAACCGAUUAUUGCAUUGUUUGUCAAAAUGCUUGUAUAGAAAUUUAAUACACUAUUUCUGUUGCUUUGUGUGUUUCUCAGCAUCCAGGAUAAUUUAAAAUAAUUAUAAAGCUGUUUCUGAUUGAA